AUGGAACCAAUCAACUCCAAGAAACCAGAACUUCCAAGUGAUGAAAGCAAUAAUCAUACAAAGGGUAUUCCAAAACGAAGCAGAGGACGACCUAGGAAAGCAAAAGAAAAUGGUCUAGAUUCAAUACCUUUAGAUACUACAUCAUCGAAUGUUGCUACUACUCCGAAACGUAGCAGAGGACGACCUAAAAAAAUAAGAAGUAAUGGUCUAGAUCCAGAUACAAUAAUUCCCUUAUUGAAUAGUCCAAAUAUUGUGGAAAACACAAGACCUAUAGGGUCAACCCGUAGAGGAAGAAAGCCUCUAAAUCGAAAUAUUCAAUCCGAUAAUAAUGAGCCAAUAUCAGCAUUUGAUUUGGUGCCCCCCUCACAACCUAUUUAUACCGGGUUACCUUUAGAAGAGGGACCCACAUCUAAAAUAAAAAAGGAAUCGUUAUGGUCAUUAAGAAAGAAACUGAACGGGAGAAACUCUAGAGAAUCUUCGAUAUUGAUAUCAAAUUCGUCUUCAAUGGAUGAAGAUUCUUCUGGAAGUCGAGUUUCUCCGUCUCCUUCAUCGGCCAUUGAAGAUGAUUAUAUGAAAAAAUUGCGUACAAGCAAAUCAGAAGCUUUAACCAGAGAGAGUAGUAUGAGAUCCUCUCCAUUAAAUGUUACAAUACGGUAUUCUCCCAAGUCUGCUAAACAUAACUUCUUGAAAGAUCUUUCCCAAACCCCAAAACCAGAUUUAAACUACAACGGGGAUACUACUACAACACUUACCAAAAGGACAUCAUCCACCAAAAAAGCUAAAGUAUGGUCCCCUAAAAAGACUUCGUUAGCUGGGUUGGCUCCAAGAGGUUCAAUACUGAAUGCCGAAAGUGAAACAAUGGAUCCGAUGCUUAAUGAAGAUUUUUGCACUACAUGUGGAGGAGCAGGGAUGUUUAUUUGCUGUGAAACUUGUCCUCGUUCAUUUCAUUUCUUAUGUACUGAUCCUCCCAUAGAAACAUUACCUGAACAUAGUUGGAUUUGCCGUGAAUGUAUGGCCAAAACAACCCCUCCAAAGCAGUGGAAGGAUAUAGGCUUGUUUGGAUCAUUAUUAAAUGCACUCCAAUUCAAAGGCCCUAAAGCAUUUCAAUUACCUAGAAAUAUGCGUGAAAAUUCCUUUCUUGGGGUUACAACUGGUGAAAAUGGUGAUUAUAUGGACCUGACAAUGAAACCAAUUUUAUCCUAUGCAAAGGCUAACGGGAGUCAAAUUCCGGGAUUCAACAAAACCGAAGCAUUGGAUAUCGACUCUCUUUAUGACAAAGAGGGUAAACCAUAUCUAUGCCAUAAGUGUGGGAAUUCGGGCACACACAACAGAACACUAAUUCAUUGUGAUUAUUGCCCAUUAGUAUGGCAUCUUGAUUGUCUCAAUGAACCAAUGUGCAUACCGAAAACCAUAGGUACAAAAUGGAGGUGUCCAAAUCAUGCUGAUAGUUUGUUACCACCGUCUCAUGUUUGGAAUCGAAGAUUAACUAAUGCAACCGUUAAUGAUGUUGCAUUACACAACCAUUUUGCUCGAAUCGCAUCACUGAACAAUAUCUUCAUCAAAUUCCCUGACCAAGAGUAUUUGAAUGAGGACAAACAAACUCUACUUUCCGAAUACUUGGGCUACGAGAGAGAAGACUUUGCAAAAUUCGAUACCAACUAUAUCGAAUCCUCAAUUAAAAGGGACAGGGUUAAGGAUGGGGAUGAUCCCAAUGAACACAGCCAGCUAAACUACGCUACGAGUGCGGGUAUCUCUGCACCCAUGUCCUCCAAACAAGUAAAGAUAAUAAAAAUCUCCAAUAGUGAUAAUAACCAGUCCUUCAUAUACAGAAUCCCAGAGUCACUGGUAGUGUUGGACUUUGUGUCAAAGGUAAAAGGGAGCUACAAACAAAGUGUGCUUGACACUGUUGACUCUUAUGAUAUUCGCACGCGACUUGAAACCAAUCAUUCGGAGCGAAAUGCUUUAGAAGGUUUGCAAGUGCUAAACAAUUCAACACGAAAUAAUGCAUUGGACAUCGCUGAAUUGGUUAAAGUGGCUCUUAAGAAUGAGCCAGCAAGUCCACCAAUCAAAAAAGAAGAGGAAGAAGAAGAAGAAGAAGCACAUGAACAUCCACCUAAACUAAUGUCACAUUCUGAAAUUGAACAGCUCGAGGCAGUAAGAGAAUUGAUUCAAAGAGCCGGGUAUGAGAAAUUGAUGUCCUUCUUGAAUCCUUAUAAGAAUUCUCCAACGGAGUAG